UGACUUUGGGCCACUCGAGGUCUUAACUUGGUUAAGUAUCCUGCAACCCUCAACACACUUUUUUUUUGUUAAGAGGUUUUGUAUUUUAAAGAGAAGUCCUGUCAGUGAAGUUCAUUCUGAGGAACUGUGUUCAGCUCAAGGAAGUAACAGCUGAGAUGGCCCCUUUGAUGUUUAAAGACGCUUUCUGGGGGUCUGAUUUCACCUGCCACGCCGGCUAUGACGCUGUGAUCCAACGGCUACGAGAUGGGAGGCAAAUAUGCAAAGAUGUCGAGGAGCUGUUCAAGAUGAGGGCUCUAGCGGAGGAGAAAUAUGGAAAGGAGCUGGUGACUAUCGCUCGCAAAGCUGGAGGACACAUCGAGAUCAGCACGUUGAAAGCAUCCUUUGAACAAUUGAAAACACAAAUCGAGAACAUUGGGAACUUUCACAUCCAGCUAUCUGAUACCCUGAAAGAGGAGGUGAAAAAGAUUGAGACAUUCAGAGAACGUCAAAAAGAACAGAGGAAGAAGUUUGAAAGCAUCAUGGAGAAGGUUCAAAAGAAAAAGGUUUCAUUGUUUAAGAAGACCAUGGAGUCUAAGAAGAGCUACGAGGUGAGAUGCAAGGAGGCUGACGAGGUAGAAGAGGGGUCUGAGAAAGCAAAUGCUACAUCCAAAAGCUCUGAAAAGGUACGUCACAGGAUCAAGCAAUGCAGACAGGCUGCCAGUGAAGCAGAGAAGCUGUACUUUAAUAACAUUGUUCAACUAGAAGCUGUUCGCCAUGACUGGGAAGACACACACAGGAGCACAUGCGAGGUGUUCCAGCAAAUGGAGGGAGAUCGCAUCAGUUUGCUGAGGUGUGCUCUCUGGGACCACUGCAAUCACUUCUCCAUGCAGUGUGUUAAAGAUGAUGAGUUGUACGAGGAGGUGAGGAAGCUUCUGGAGCAGUGUGACAUUGACACAGACAACGACUGCUUCAUAGAGAUGAAAAAAACAGGGUCGAGGCCACCAGAUCCAGUAAUGUUUGAGAGCUACUACCAGACGGGGACAGGCAGGGACAGAAAUGGUCGAGUUCAUUUUGCAGAAAGAGAAAACAUAACAAGGAGGUGCUCCGACCCUCUACUUGGAGGCUCUGUGAGCUUCAACAAUGACAGCCCUCAGAACUCACGACCAGCACUGGCAUCUAUUGGAGAGUUUCAGAUUUCAGAUGGUGGGUAUGCACCUCUGCCAGGCCUCCAGCCAGAAGCACCUCUGCUCACAGCCCCAGUAAAUGAUGACUGCUAUGUCGUGCUUUAUGAAUACAAUGCACAGGAAGAUGAUGAACUAUCUGUGAGCAGAGGGGACGUGGUCCAAAUGUUGGAACAAGGAGAGGACGGCUGGUGGAAAGUGGAAAGGCGUGGGAUGACUGGACUGGUGCCAGGAAACUAUCUGGGCAAAAUAUAAAUAUGCAAAAGGACACACAGUCAUGUUUCUAUCACUUAGCGGGACAUGAAUCUACAUUUAUACAUUCAUUCAUUAAAGACUUACUGUAAGCCUGACCACAAUUUGCUCAACCCUGAUUCUAAACCAGUUUCAUCAUGAAAUGUAAUGAUUUACGUUGUAGGGACAAACAGAUUUGUGUCGACACAACUUGAGUAAUACGAGGACAAACACACACAUACAUAAAUAAGACAAUACAGGCACGUACUCCCAGAAAAAUGCCAUCACACACUGGAUACGUUUAAACACACAGAAGUACUGCGUCAAGGGCAAAUAAACAUGUAUAAAAACACACCACACUGAUACACACAUCUUUGUCAGGCUUCCUAGCUCAGUGCUCUGUACAAUCAUUGCUGAUAUUCAAACUUGUAGAUUUUCAGACCAUAAAUUGAAAAUCUAGCUCAGUUUACUCGGCAGUAGGUCAUUUGAUCAAUUUACAAAAUUUAAGAUACGUCUUCAUUCAUCUUUAUCUGCCUUUUUUUUUUUGUUGUUGUUGUUGUUGCUAUGUGCACCUCUUUGAUUACUGGUAUUAUUAUUUAUUUAAUGUAACUCAGCCAUGAAAAGAUAUUCUAGUGAGACCGUGCUACCUCAUGUAUGGUACGGAUUCUUAGUGUUUGCUGCCUGGUACUUCUUCUCACAGGACUGCAGAAUGUUGUCAGAAAAAGCACUGCACUUGAUGUGAUAGAUCAAGUUAGGUGCUUAAGAUAAUAAUAAAGCAGCCAUUGUCUGCUUGUGCUCACUGUUGCCUUGGAUCAUUACUGUUUUUCUUUCUCUUCCUACUUUUUGUUUUUCCAUUUAGAAAUUCUGACUAAAUUAUUAACAAACUGUGUAAAACUGUUGACUUUGGGAAUGUAGCACGUGUGUGUGUGUGUGUGAACUAGGGAACCAGAGUGGCUGUUAUAUAUACUUUUGUAGAUGUCAUUAUCUAUGACUGCUGGAUGGAUCAUAAGUUCCUAUGAAAACAGCUCAUAAGGAUCAAAAUGUAAAAAUAAGGUUAACUAAACCGAGGAAACUAUUAGCACAUAAACAUGUACAAUACAUUUCUCAUAUGACAGAUAUCAGUACAAUCAAACACAAUGUGGACGAAGUCAGAAAUAAAACAAUCCGGUUGAAAUGUA